AUGAGAAUUCCGAUUCAACCCUACGAUGAAGAUAAAGCCUUUACUUCCUCGCCGGAAUCUUCACCACCUCGUAUGAUAAAAGCAAAAUCAUCGGCCUCGGAAGUAGACGAUACGGCGCUAGUUCUCAUGGUGGCUAGCGUGAAUCAAUCAAAAUCGAAGGUAUUUAACCCGAGUCAACACGUCGUCUUGUUUAACCCUACCCAUGAACAGAUGUGGCCUCCAAUUUAUGGCCUCGUGCAUCUGUAUGCUAAAGACGGGAUAUCUCAAGGGAUGCAAAAUCACAAGCCCAAGGGUGUGGAGAAGAGUGUUUUGUUUAAAGAAGAGAGUGAUUUCUCUGCUGAUAUGAAAGAAUCUGAGAAAAAGGCUCUGAGCAAUCUUAAGUCUAAGCUUGAGGAAGCUAUUGUUGAAAACACUCUCUUAAAGACGAAGAAGAAGGAGAGCUCUCCUGUGAAGGAGAAGAAGGAAGAGGUGGUGAAACAUGAAGCUGAGAUUGAGAAGAAGAAGGAAGAAGCAUGGGAAAAGGUUGAAGAAGAGAAGAAAUAUGAGGCUGUUGUUACCAAAGAAGCAGCGAAAGAUGAGACUGUUGUUGAGAGGGUAGAAGAAGAAGACAAUAAGGAAUACGAAGAGAAGAACAAAGAGAAGUUCUUGAGAUGGAGGUUUCAGCUGAUGGAGGCAGGAAUCCAGAAGUUUAAUCCUAAACCAGGAGGUGUUACUUCCGAUGAGGAUUUGAAGUACGUCAAAGAGAACACUGAAUAUGCCCGAUUUGUCUCUCGACUUGACACCGUCGCUAUCAAUAAGCAAUGCGGUGGUAGAGUAAAGACAGUGGAGGAUAAGUAUGAAGAAGAAAGAUCAAAGAAGAAGACACUUCUGGAAGAUACAAGAAAUGGCGAAUUUCUUGUAGAUCAUGUUGAUGUGCUUCCUGUCAAGACAUUGGAUGGAAAAAUCCACUAUCGAACAGAGUCAAAGAAGUCAAAACUAGCUGAAGCCGACACAAAUGAAGCAGAGAAGGAUAGGAAGAAACUCCCCAAGCCGCAAUUCUGGCUGAAGUGA